AUGUCGCUGGUAGCAAACGAAGACUUUCAACACAUCCUUCGUGUGUUGAACACCAACGUUGAUGGCAAACAGAAGAUUAUGUUUGCUCUUACCUCCAUCAAAGGUAUUGGUCGCCGUUUCGCAAACAUUGUCUGCAAGAAGGCCGAUGUUGACAUGAACAAGAGAGCUGGUGAACUGUCAGCUGAGGAGCUUGACAAGCUUAUGACAAUUGUUGCUAAUCCUCGCCAGUUCAAGAUUCCAGACUGGUUCCUUAACAGGCAGAAGGAUUACAAAGAUGGAAAGUACUCACAGGUUGUUUCCAAUGCACUGGACAUGAAGCUUAGAGAUGAUCUUGAGCGUUUGAAGAAGAUCAGAAAUCACCGUGGUCUCCGUCACUAUUGGGGUCUUCGAGUGCGUGGGCAGCACACCAAGACUACUGGUCGUAGGGGGAAGACUGUUGGUGUCUCCAAGAAGCGAUGA